AUGAAAUCGUUAAAUCAUAUUGAUAUAAAAAAAACAGAAGAUAAUAAUGACGAUUUUAUAUCAAACUAUAUAAACAAUAAUAUUAAAAAUAUUGAGGAUGCAGAAAUAAGUCUUGAUAAAAUGGGGAAAGAAAUAUAUGAUCUUGAUAUAGUUAUGGAAGAAAAAAUUGAGAACUAUGUUUUAAAAAGAAAUGAAUAUGAAACCAAAUUUGAAAAUAUAAAAAAAAAAAUGAAAAUUAUUACUAAUUUAGUGGAAAAUGUAGAUAAACAAGCAGAAAAAGGAGCAGAAAUAUUAACUAAUUUAUGUAAUGAUAUUAAAAGACUCGAUAUAGGCAAACAAAAUGUUACAGAAGUUAUUUUAAUUUUAAAAAGAAUCACUAUAAUUAUCACAUCUGUAACUAGCUUAAAAAAAAAAGCUAUGAAACGUGAAUACAAAAACUGUAUGUAUUUAGUAUAUAUCAUAAAAGAUAUGUUUUCAUAUAUAAAUAGUUUAAAGGAAAUGAAUUCAACAAAUAUUGAAAAUGGAAAUCUUAUAAAUAAACUAAGCAUUCUAUACAACGAUAUAAAUGUUUUAUUUGACGAAUUGAAACAACAAAUUGUUGAAGAUAUUGAUUUAAUAUAUGACCCUGAUAUUCAUAUAGAAAAAAAUAUAAUAUAUUUAAACGAUAAUAAUGCUGAAAUUCAUAAUUUCGAAAUGAAAGAAAAAGACAACGAGUUCAAAAUAUAUAUUAACUUAUUUGAUGCGUGUAAUUGUUUAUAUCAAUUAAAUCCAAACUAUAUAAAUAAUAUAGUAAACAAAUUUGUUAAUUUUUUUUUAGAAAAAUAUAUUUCAAUUUUUGAUAAUCAUAAUAAUACAUUUGAAACUAUUGAUAGAAGAAUAUCUUGGUUAAAACGUGCAUUAAAUAAUUAUAAAAAUACAUAUAUUUAUAUUUUUCCUGAUUAUUUUAAUAUUCAAUUUUAUAUUGUAUCCAAAUUUUGUUUUAUAACAAAAAAACAUAUUAUCAAAAUGAUUUCUUAUUCUAUGGAAGAAAUUAAUCCAGCUUCUUUAAUUCAAACAGUUAUCAAAAUUAUUAAUUUUGAAAAAUUUUUGAUCAAAAAUAUAUUUUUUAUUCCUCCCCCUGGCCAUUUAUCUUUAGACAAUUUCAAUUUUAUAGAAUUACCAUUUCCUGAAAUGAUUCAGCAAAUUCCAUCACAAGUAAAAACAAAUACAAAACUUUACAAACAAACAAAUGAUACUAAUCAAAUAAAUAGUUUAAAUGAAAAUAUAGAAAUCGACCAAAAACAAGUAGCACACAAUAGUUCUACAAAAAAAACUCUUAUUUCCAAUAAAGAUAUAAAAGAAAUAAACAUAAUUGAAAAAACAAAUAAUAUACAAAAUGAUGUAAAUAAUUCGAGUAAAAAAUAUAAUAAUAAUAAUAAUAAUAAUAAUAAUGAAUACACAUUUAAACGAAUAAUUUCAUGUGUAUUUGAUAGCUAUUUAUGUAGUUGGUUAAAAUAUGAAGAAAAAAAAAUAUUAGAUAAAUAUGAAAAUAUAAUAAACGAAGAAAAUAAAGAAAUAAAUAAAAAUAGUAAAAAAGAGGAUGAUAAAAUUAUUCUAGAACAAUUCGAAAAAAAGGAAUUUAAUAAUAUUCAAAAUUUUAUAAAUUCAAAUGAAUAUGAUGAUAACAAGUCAAUUAAUCCAAACAUAUCAGAAAACAAUUUUGAAAACAUUUUACAAGGAAAAAAUAAUAUUUAUAAAUCUGCAUACAAAAUAUUUUAUCUAUAUAAAAGCUACAUAAAUAUGAUAUCGCAGUUUAGUAAUUGCAAAACACUAUUUGAUUUUUUUGUUUUUUUUAAAGGAUUAUUAACAAAAUAUAGUGAAGAAUUAAAUAAUAGAAUUAUAGAAAAAAUUGUUUUUAAAAAUAAAAUUAAUAAUUUAUUUUUAAUUUCUAAAAUUAUUAAUACAUGCUAUUAUAUUGAAAAAACUAUGGGAGAAGCUUAUGAAAAUAUUGUCAAUAUUAUAAACCCACUUUUUGUUGAAAAAAUUAAUUUCAAAGAACAAGACAAGUUAUUUUUAAAUAUAAAAACAAAAUGCAUAAAAAUUAUUAUGUCUUUUAUGAAUGAUCAAAUUGAUCAAAUUAUUCGAACUAAUAUAAUUAAUAUUUAUGAUAUUACACAAUUAAAAAAUAUAUCCCCUUAUAUUAUAAAUUUAAAAAAUUUUCUCCAUAAAUAUUUUUUAUUUUUUAAUCACAUUUUAAAUGAAACUUAUUUAAUUUAUUUGUUAGAAAAAACUACAGCAUUAAUAAUCGACAUUUUUUUUCAAAAUAUUUUUUCCUUUAACUCUAUAACAAAUGCCACAGCUCAACAACUACUAUUGGAUUGUAAUACAAUACAAAACAUAUUAUAUCAAAUUCCUAAGAUAUUAACAAAUUCAGAAAAUUUCAGAAUAACUAAAAGUCAAAUUGAUUAUAAUAUAAUUGAGCAAUCACAUUUUACAAAUUUUGGUGAAAAUAACACAGAAAUCGAUAUUAAUCAAUCCCUAAUUCCUAAAACUUACUAUAAUUAUAUUAAACAAAAAAUUAAUAAAAUACAAUUUUUAAUUAAAAUAUUUAUUUCAAACACUUUAGAUAUAAAUUCAUUUAAUAUACUACUUGCUCAAAAUAAUAAUAUAUGUACAAUCCAUGAAAUUGAAAAAAUAUUAUCUCUAAAAGAUGAUAAACAUAUUCACACACAAACAGACAUAAAUCAUAAUAAUAACAAAUAUAUCGACGAUUUUAAAAAGCGAGGAAUUCACGCUGCCGAGGAAAUUAAAUCAUUUUUUAACAAAAUAGCUAGCAUCUGA